AUGCCUGCUUUCCGCUCCGACAGACCAAACAGGCGGUAUCACCCGUAUCCUCGACCAGUUGAGUUCGAUUCGAAUGUGAUAGCACUAUCCAUCAUCUUUGGCCUUGCACUAAUCAAAUUCUUCAGGACCCAAUACAAGAACGUCAUUUUUUCCGGGACUUCUUGCAACGCGUCCGUCAUUGGAUCGCCACUCUCUUUGCUUGAUCUUGCAGGAAACACGAAAAAACAACCAUCGACAAAGCAUCUCUAUGAUCUUGUAGGCAUCUUCUUCCCUUCCGUUUGCCUGCCCUCGCUUACUUCGCCUACUCAAAAGAAUCUCGUACAGCCACACAGUCUUUUCGUCUCAGCUAGGCUUCUUCUUUCCCUCUGCUUUGCAUUAGUAACCGAAUCCGUCGACACGCUCCUUUUUGCUUCAAUCAAAUGUGAUUUUUUGGAAGGGAAUCUCCAGUCCCUAAAACUUCUGCGUAAUGACAUUGAGCCUAGGCUCAUGUAUCAUGCCUCCAUAAACAACGAAAUGUAA